GACUGAGGCUGUCUCUCCAGGUCGGGCUGGGGAAGGGAAGCGUGGGCGCCUGCUUGGAGGAGGCCCACCUAGUUCUCCUCCCUGAGCCCUGCAGCGAGGAGGCGAGAGGAGCCCGCGGUCACCAAGGCAGCCGCUCAGGUGGGAGGGAAGGAGGGAGGGUGGCGGAGAGGUACCUGCAGGGCGGAUCUGUCCUCCCAGUCCCCUCCCUUCCCUCCUUCUCCGCUUGCGUGUCGCCGCGCAUUCCUCAGGCGCAGGGGCUGCAGGCGUUGCAACGCCUUCCUCGCUCCCAGCAUGGCUCUGGAAGGGGGCAACCGAGGAGGAGGAGGAGGAGGAAGCAAGAGCAGCAGCAGCAGCAGCAACCUGGAAACUGCCUUGGCCGAGUGCACUGCAGCGCUGAACUGUUUCCUGCGUAACCAGUUCAGUGAGAGCCUGGAGAUGCUGCAACCCAGGUCCCGGGAGAGCAUGUAUCAUGCCUUAAUUUAUGCCACUAUUCUGGAGAUGCAAGCCACAAUGACCUUUGAGCACGAUGACCUUGUCCAUGCUGCGCAGAUGAUGAAGGAGGCACAGGACAUCUGUCAGAGGUUUCGAAGGAAAACCACUGUGAGCAGCUCCUUUUCCAGUCGGCAAAGUGGAGAUGCAUGUAAUGAAGAGGAGCUGCAUGCUGAAGUGUGCUAUGCAGAAUGCCUGUUGCACCGGGCAGCCCUUACUUUCCUCCAGGAUGAAAAUAUGGUGAAUUUCAUAAAAGGAGGAAUCAAGGUGCGUAACAGCUACCUCAUCUACAGAGAACUCAACAGUUUCAUCCAACCCAAUCAGUUGCCAAGAAGCUCCUCUCGUGUGCAUCUGGAGGGAGGAAUUGCCCUGGGCAUUGGUGCUUUCAACUUGACUCUUUCUCUUUUUCCACCCCGGAUCCUGAAACUCUUGGAGUUUGCUGGAUUUUCAGGAGACAAGGAAUAUGGCCUGCGACAGCUGCACCAGGGGGCCACCACAAGCAACCUGAGGGCAUUGCUUUGCACCAUGCUGCUUCUCUGCUACUAUACCUUCCUUACCUUCAUCUUAGGUAUUGGUGAAGAUGAUUUUUCAGAGGCUGAAGCCCUACUGAGUCCGUACCUCUCCCGUUACCCUCAGAGUGCCAUUUUCCUGUUCUUUGCUGGGAGGAUAGAGGAGAUCAAAGGAAACAUCAGUGAGGCCAUUAAGAAGUUUGAGGAAGGCUGCUCGGUCCAGCAGGCUUGGAAGCAGUUUCACCACAUGUGCUACUGGGAGCUGAUGUGGUGCUUUGCAUACAAAGGGAUGUGGAAGAUGGCCUACUUCUAUGCAGAUCUGCUGAGCAAGGAGAACCGCUGGUCCAAGGCAAUGUAUGUGUACAUGAAAGCGGCCUUCCUUAGCAUGCUGCCUCCAGAAGAGCCUCGACCUUUUGGGGAGGAUGAAGUUGAGCUCUUUAGGCAAGUUUCUUCCUUCAAACAGAAGAUUGCAGGAAAGUCUCCACCCACUGAGAAGUUUGCCAUCCGCAAAGCAAGGCGCUACAAAACCAGCGAGUAUGUCCCCUUGCCUGUGCCUGCCUUGGAGAUGAUGUAUAUGUGGAAUGGAUUCACAGUCCUGGGCAAGCGGAAGGAACUGCUAGAAGGGACUCUGGAAACCUUGUUAGAGGCUGAGAAGCGACUACAGGAGGCACCAGCCAGUGAGUACCAGGUAGAUGACCAGUGUUUGGUGCUGCUCCUCAAAGGCCUGGUGCUCAAGCAUUUACACAGUUCGGCUGAGGCUGAGGCCUGCUUCAGUGCCGUCCAUGGCAGUGAGAAACGGAUCAGGUAUGAUCACUAUUUGGUGCCCAAUGCACUCUUGGAAUUGAGCUUGUUGUGUGUGUCCCAAGGCCGGAAUGAGGAAGCUGUGCAGCUGCUCCGUAGGGCCAAGAACCACUACAAGAACUACUCAAUGGAGUCACGGACCUUGUUCAGGAUUCAUGCUGUAUUGUCCAAACUCAAGGCUGGCCAGGAAGAAAAUGGUGCAGAUGGAGCCAGCCCUUCCUAGGGAAUGAAAGAGGCACGGCUGUGGUUCUUAUGAGUACCUGGACCAAAGAGACAAUCUGCCAAAGUACAGGGGCUUGGGAUGCUGUCUCCUUCCAAGAGUGGAUCCACUUGGAGGCCUGAGUAUUGUCAUCUGUUGUGCCACUUGGCUAUCGGUCUGCUGUUUGAUACUUGGUAUAUGGGAAAGGAUGUUUUUUACCUAUUUGGAUUUCUGCUCUCAAAACCAGGGAGCAGCUGGGGAAAUAUUGCUUGGUAAUUAAUGAAGUUGAAAGGAGCUGUCUGUCUUCAUUAAUCAAUUUCCUCUCUCAGGGUCCUACAAAUGAGGGCUAAGUCCUCUUCCGUUCUCAUGAUAAAUUGGGAAUAGACCGAAGACACAGUGCCCCGUAUGUCCUUUUUGGGGUUUUCUCUUUAGUAUUUGUUAGCCAUUCUGUUUUGUCUUCUCUCCUUGUCUGCUUCUUCGUUCAAGAAAUCCCACACUACAAGAUUGCCCUUCAUACUGCAUUGGUUUUGAACUCAGAGUGCCAAUAACUUAGAAAUGACUCUCAGCUUUGACUGGAAAUUGUGUUUAUCUCAAGUACUGGUGACUCUACUCUCUGCUGUGGCCUUCUCUUUUUGAAAAGUGUAGAGGCUUGCUUCUUUUUCAAGCGUUCAGCACUCAUGUAAAGGACAGUGUUUUCAUGUGUCAGAAAAGAGAAAACAAGCUGUUUACUAGCCCUUAAAAGUUUACAGACUCAUACUCUUAAAGCAGAAAACAACUGAUUGUCAUUGCACGCAUAGACAGAUUAAUAGUUUAAAGACUUUCAGAAAUUUUUUUUUUUGUUCUGUCAGGAACGACUUGAGAAACUUGAGAGAAUUGGCCGUCUGCAAGGACGUUGCCCAGGGGAUGCCUGGAUGAUUUGAUGUUUUUAUCAUCCUUGUGGGAGACUUCUCUCAUGUCCCUGCAUGAGGAGUUGGAGCUGAUAGAGGGAGCUCAUCCGCCUCUCCCCGGAUUCGAACCUGCGACCUGUCGAACCUUCAGUCCUGCUGGCACAGGGGUUUAACCCACUGUGCCACUGGGGGCUUUCAGAAUGAAUGUCCCAGAAUAAUAACAGCUAGGCCGCUACAGAAACAAACUAAAUAUGGAUUGACUUCUUCCAUCAUUUUAAUGAAGACUCAGCACUUGUUGUGUGUACAGAACAUCCAAAAACUACUGGUGGACUUCCCUGUUGUAUACCUUUCAGUCAGUUUAUUGCAUCAGCCUCUUGGAGCAAGUUUCACCAGGGAAUUCAAAUACUAUGUAUGCACAUUUGAUCUGUGUUAGAUGGGAGCUCUCCUGCAGAUCUUGUGCAUACUUUGGCAAUGACUUGCUAUGUAUUUUUCUCAGGGGUGCUGAUUAAAGAGGUAUUGAAACCUGUGUCCGAGCCUGAAUUGGCUCCAUGCAAUUUUAGCACUGCUAGUUUUAAAAGCACUUAGGUUGUAAAUUAUGUUUUAAAGUAGCAUGCAUGGUAGCAGAGCAGAAAGGCAUGAAAGGGACAACUUCAAACCCCC